GGCCUCCUGGGUGAAUUCCUUACGGUGCUGGCAGGAAACGUCUGUCAUGAAGACAGAGAUGCCGUCCUGCAGAUCUUACGGAGCCUUUCGGGCACCAAGCGCUUCGGGUUAAACGUGGAGCUUCUGAGUGAGCCGGAGAAGGAGAGCCGCAGGGAUUUGUUUGGGAAGCUGCAGAGCAUGAGCAGGGAUUGCUGGGCCGCUGGCCGUCUCAGUGGCCCAGCCGGCUGCGAAGCAGAGAGGGAAGCCGACGUCGUGGACACCAGCCCACCGAAGGAGGCUGAGGAGGAAAGGACGGUGAUGGAGCUGAUGAAAUGUUACCAGGUCAACUGA